AUGGCUGCCAACUACUACUGGGGUAUGUGGGGCGCCGCCACUACCAGUAGUACAGCUGCUACCUGCCCGGCGCCGGCGUCAGCAGCUGAGCCGUCUUGGGAGGAGCAGGCGUUCGCGCGGGACGCCGCGGGCCACCUUGGUGCCGGCUGCGUGUGGCCGCCGCGCUCCUACACCUGCACCUUCUGCCGCCGAGAGUUCCGGUCUGCGCAGGCGCUCGGCGGACACAUGAACGUGCACCGCCGCGACCGAGCUCGUCUCCGGCAGUGCGUCUCCCCGCCAGACCAUCAAGCACAGCCCCAGCCGACAAGCCCUCAUGAUCAUCAUGAGCACCUUCAGCCAGGGAUGCAGUAUAGGGCGGCAGUGCGCCCUAAAUCUCCACAGGAUCAGCAGGCCAGCAUGAUAGGCCCCUCUACUACCUCUCCUUCCUAUAUAUCCAGCAUCAUCAAAGAGAGCAGGAACAAGGUGUUCAUCUCCAUGCCUGCUGAGGAAGCCUCGGAAAGCGGCGAUGAGGGGGAAAGGAGGAAGCGCAGGCGUGUCGUCGAUCAGCCUCCAGCGGUGGCGCUACCGUUCUUCCUGCGGUGGUCACCAGCAUCAAGUGAAAGAGAGGGAAUGCAAGGAGCUGACGACGGUGAUACAAAGGUACCCAAAGCAGCCCCAAGCCCUAGCCCUCUCCUUCUUGGAGUAGGCCGGCAAGAAGUGGAUCUAGAGCUUAGGCUUGGGACUAGCUAG